GAUGCUCCAGACCUUGUAUGACUACUUCUGGUGGGAACGGCUAUGGCUCCCCGUGAACUUAACCUGGGCUGACCUCGAAGACCGGGAUGGACGCACUUACGCCAAGGCCUCGGACCUCUACAUCACACUGCCCAUGGCCUUACUUUUCCUCAUCGUUCGCUAUUUAUUUGAACUUUACAUAGCUACGCCACUGGCUGCACUUCUGAACGUAAAGGCGAAAACUCGGCUGCGGGCACCUCCUAAUCCUACCUUGGAGCAUUUCUACCUGACCAGUGGCAAGCAGCCCAAGCAGGUGGAGGUAGAGCUGUUGUCACGCAAGAGUGGGCUCUCUGGCCGUCAGGUAGAGCGAUGGUUCCGCCGCCGCCGCAACCAGGAUCGGCCCAGUCUCCUCAAGAAGUUCCGAGAAGCCAGCUGGAGAUUUACGUUUUAUCUGGUUGCGUUCAUUGCGGGAAUGGCUGUCAUUGUGGAUAAACCCUGGUUCUAUGACCUGAAGAAAGUUUGGGAGGGGUAUCCCAUACAGAGCAUCAUCCCUUCCCAGUAUUGGUACUACAUGAUUGAACUUUCUUUCUACUGGUCCCUGCUCUUCAGCGUUGCCUCGGAUGUCAAAAGAAAGGAUUUCAAGGAACAGAUCAUCCACCACGUGGCCACUAUCAUCCUCAUCAGCUUCUCCUGGUUUGCCAAUUACAUCCGGGCUGGAACACUCAUCAUGGCUGUGCACGACUCCUCUGACUACCUGCUAGAGUCAGCCAAGAUGUUUAACUAUGCGGGAUGGAAGAACACCUGCAACAGUAUCUUCAUCGUCUUCGCUGUAGUCUUCAUCAUCACUCGGCUGGUCAUCCUGCCCUUCUGGAUCCUGCACUGCACCACAGUGUACCCUCUGGAGCUCUAUCCUGCCUUCUUCGGCUAUUACUUCUUCAAUUCCAUGAUGGGAGUGCUUCAGCUGCUGCACAUCUUCUGGGCCUACCUCAUUUUGCGCAUGGCCUACAAGUUCUUAACUGGAAAGGUGGUAGAAGAUGAACGCAGUGACCGGGAGGAAACAGAAAGCUCUGAGGGGGAGGAAGCUACAGCUGGGGGAGGGGCCAAGAGCCGACCCCUUGCCAACGGCCACCCCAUCCUCAAUAAUCACCACAAGAAUGACUGAACCACGGUCCCUGCUGCUCCCAGAUUGUCCAGUACAGCCAAGCACUGCCCCCUCUCCCCACAGGGUCACUGUCAGCUCUGGGGAGAAAGCAGAGUGCUCCACGUCUACCCCCUCGCUUCUGUGUCACCCAAUUGCCUUCAAACCAAAUUCUCACUUAGCUUCCUCUCAUGUGGAGGGGAGGCUGGUUCUAUCCUGCUCGAGGGGAAUGAUUUCUUUCCUCUCUAUCCUUUAAGGUGUCCGUUCCCAUUGUUUUGAGACCCUUCCUCAACUGGAGGGGUGGGCUUUACCGUUCACAUUCCUUAUACUCCAGAAUUUGGCCCUGUUUUUUGCCUUUGACUCCCUGACCUCCAGGGUCAGGGUUGUGCCUUAUUGUCCCAUCUGUGGGCCUCAUUCUGCCAAAGUUGGAUCACCUUUCUAAGUGCCCCGAGUGGGCCAGGAAACCAAAGCUGAGCUGCCUUGAACCUCUUCCCUUCUGAGACACAUGUGGACUGAGAGUAGGAGGGCGCACACAGCCCUGACCCUCCCUACCUCUGCCAAAAGUGGGGCCUGUGCGGACAGUUCCUCGUAUCACUUCUCUGCCAGCCACCCCUGUAGCCACAAGUCCAAGAUCCAGCUGCCCUUCUCCGGCAUCUUCCUUUUCUCUUCAGCUAGGCAAGCUGUUGGAGUAGAAUGGCAACUAGUUUUAAUUUUAUUUAUUAAACGUGGGAUUUUGGUUUUAAAGCCAGAAUUACAGCAUCUGGCAUUUCAGCAGAGGGACCAUUUUCAGACCAAAUGUACUGUUAAUGAUUUUUUUAAUUAAAAUAUAUUAAAGUUUAAGUAAAACAUGGCAACAUAUGUUUGAGACUAUUAGGAACUGAGAAAGGGAUAAACUAAAUAAACUAAGAUGAUCUUC